AUGAGCACAACGUCCUCUGCUUCCUCCUCGAGGAGGAACAGCGGUAGUGGCCCUGCCGAUGCAUCCACAUCCUCUUCCUCUGCCUCUACGCCCACUGCCACCUCAUCGCACCAACAAUUCUCCUCCUCUUCUGCUGCAUCCUCGCAGCAACAGCAGAGUGUAGCUUCGCAGUCACCCGUCCGACCUCGCCACCACGCUCGCAGUGUAUCGCAAGAAGCGUCGCGGUUUCCUUCUGUCACCGCCUUCAACCUCAGCCCACCAAGACGGCCCAGUCAUGGGUCUCAGGGUUCUCACCAUCUCAAGAUGUCGAUCAGUCAAAACCUCCCACCCACUGCCUCUGCUGCUACGUCUGGGUCCAGUACCUCCUCGAGUACUGGUACACCAUCGUCCUCUAGCAACAACAGCAGCAACAACAGCAGCAACAACACUUCUCCUGACCGUGAUGACGAGCACGACGAUGGCGUCAGCCCAGCAUCAUCCACGGCCGUCUCUUCCACUGAAGGCUCUCCCGUUGCAAUCAGGACCUCUCUUUCGGCUCUGCCAGGAGAUGACGAGAGCCGAUUGAGGGCUCUACUCGAAGCUCAAGCUAGUCGUCGACCUCGUUUGAUGCGGCUCACACCAGCUUAUGCUAGUAUGCCCAACCGCAUCCCGCAGACCGGUGAUGCUACCUCCAAGAACAGUCGACCUGGUCUGCCUUUUCCCAGCUCCACCGAUGAAGCGCCCUCUUCGCAAUCAAAUAAGGAUGACAAUGGUCUCACAUCUGUCUUGGAGCAGAUCAGAGGUCAACCCAGAACCCCACCGCUGGAACCUCCCUCUGCCUUGUCGCUGGACAUGAGUAACCUGCCCAAACCAGCCGUCGGAGACGCAUCGGCUCCUCAGAGCACCUCUGAUCUACCCAACGAAGUCCGGACAAAGAGCGGUCGACUCAUCAAGCCCGCUCUCCGAAACAGCUCCUUCGUCGGUGGCACCUCCGGCGGACGAGUGACCAGGAUGAGCCGUUCCGACAGCAUGCCAGCGUCCGCUGCUAGCGCGGCGCAGAUGCGAGCAAAGAGCACUCCCAACACUCCUUCGGUGGCCAAGGUGGUGCAAUUUGACUCACAUCUAGAGCACAUCAAGGUCUUCAAGUUCAAACAGAAGCCCACCGCCAUCUCACGGUCCGGCUCACCUGAGCAGACGGAAACCGAGACUGAGGAGGAGAGGGAGCUCUUUCCCUUUGUCAACUACGGUCGCAAGGGUCCCUCGCCGCCAAGUGGCACCCCAAGUGCAACCACGCCCACCAUCAGCAGCAUCCCUGGUCAGGCACCAGUCGAAGAACAGCUGGUUCUCCGAUUGCCCAACUUCCCUUCUUCGGCUCGAUUGUCCGUUGAUAAGACGGUCUUCCUGGAAAGGAUCUACCUGGCCGAAGAUCUGCGCUCAGUCAAAGGUACAGUGAGAGUGAGGAACAUUAGUUUUGAGAAGUGGGUUGCAAUCCGUUUCACGCUCGACAACUGGGUCACUGUCAAUGAGGUGUCAGCCGAGUACUCUGAAUCCCUCGCAGAUGGCUCAGCAGAUCGCUUCGCCUUCUCCAUCAAGCUCAAUGAGCUCCUUGACUGGCCUCGAGGCGCUGGUCAGCACGAGACCAAGACCAUGUUUCUCUGCUUGCGCUACACUACCUGUGAUGGACAACACUGGGACAACAAUGACGGCCUGAACUACCAGCUGGACUUCAGGAAACGUCAGCUUCCGUCGACCCCCAUGCCUACGCCCAAUGCGACUCGACCAUCUACACGAGCUCAGACCCUCAGUGGUCCCUUGUCUACGCAGCAAGCGCGCGUCAUCGAGAUGGUCCGACGUCAUGGUGUUCAGAGUGGCAAGGGCAGUGGAGGCUUCGUCGAGGAUCUCAGGAGAGAGCUCGACAAGCUCAAGUCUGACGAGGAAGAUCACGACCGUUUGCCCAUCAUCACCAAGAAGAUGGCUGCGGCUGUGGCAUCGACGGGAGUCGUCGGUGGUCCCAUUGCUGGCUUGAGGCAGAAGCGAUCUACGGCAUCGCCUCCAGGCUCACCCGGACCUCGUGCGGACGGGGUGUCACCAAUGUGGAGCGCCCGCUACGACUGGAAUGAGUCUCUCCGCAACUCCACCUCUUCAUCUGCACGCUCUCGCCCCGCUGUCUAUGACUACUUCAACUCAAAGCCGCCUCCCCCGGCCUCUGCCAUGGGCGACGUCGAUUCCAAUGCUCCGUCCCUCUACGUCUCUGCUGCCUCGCCUCCGUCUCAAAAUUCCAGUGUCGUGUCCACGCCGAUGGUCAACAACUUCGGUCAGACUCGUGCUGGAAUGCUGAGUCCAGCUGUCGGCGACGUCUUUGCACACCAUCAGCCAGUCAGCUCACCUUCUCUGAGCGCCUCCCUCGCAUCAUCGCUCGAAGGCUCGGCGGCCAACUCAGCAAGCAACUCUCCAGACAGGAUGUACGCCGCCAGUCUCGCAGUCGCAGCGGCUGGUAGGGACGGCAGAUUGAGUCCAGGCGAUGGCAAUUCGCCUACGCAACGCUCUCCUACUGGUGGCAACAAGUUCUUCCCUUUUGCCCCGCUUCGAAAGGGCCACGUGUCGCCAUUGGCCUCGGGCCAGACUUCGCUCGAGAAUUCAGACUCGGACGAAGAGGAAGAUCAGGUAGACGAUACUCGCGGAAGCAGUCGUGCUCCUCCUCCAGCCAGAAUCCUGACACUGCCUCGUUCUACUCUCAAGGCUCGUCAGAAGAAGGACGAUGGUCUCGUCUUGGAGAAUUACGAUUCACCGCCCGUUGCACAGUCCCCUACGAGGCCCAUGACGGUAUCGCACAUGUCCGACUCGUCCCUCUUCUCCCCAAGCACAUCCGUCUCUUCCAUGGAGAGCGAGUCCUCUGACCUGGUCACACCAGACAUGGCGUCCCUCGAUGGUCUCCCCAGUGCCUUUGGCGGCAGUGGCAGCAGUAGUACUCGCAGCAGCAGCAACAGCACUAGCAGCAGUGGCGGCGGCAGUGUCAGUGGCAGCGAUGAUGCUUCGCACAUUUCCACGCCCCGUCUUGUAUCGCAGAGAAGGUGGUCUCCCCCAGGCAGCAUCACUGCUCCUGCCGAUAAGCUCCCCACUUCUGCAGCAGACCUGAGCGAGUUGAUCCAGAAGUAUUGCUGGAGCAGCGAUAGUGUUCCCGGACUAGGCCUAGGGCUAGGAGGAGGUGCUGGCUCAGCCCUCGGCAUCGGCUCAGUCUCCGCUUCUGGCACUGGUAGUGGGAAUAACAGUGGUGGUCGCAGCCGCAAUGGGAGUCCCUCCCCUAGAGGUUUCCCUAGCGUGGGAGGUGUAGCCGCAACGAUUCCUGGGAGCAACGCGGCGGGAUUGCCCAGCCCGCUGCACCAGAGUGGAUCGGCUACGCCCACGGGCGAGUUUUGA